UAAUAUUGAAAUCUCAAGGAACCGUCCAUUUUACAGAAGCAGAUAACGUAUAAAAGGAAGGUUUUGCAAAAGUGUGUGAGAAAGACAGAGUAUAAAGAGAGACGGGAAGGGGGAGCUACUGAGAGAGGGAAGUGGAGAAAAAAAAGACGGAUAAAGUGGUGAGAGUUAAAGGAGAGGGUUACAGGCAAGGUAUGAAUUCGUAUUUCGCAAACCCGUCGCUCUCCUGCCAUUUAUCCGGUGGUCAAGAUGUUUUGCCAAACGUGUCCCUAAAUUCCACAACUUAUGACACAGUGAGACAUUUUUCAUCGUAUGGGGCUGCUGUGAACCAGAAUCGGAUAUAUUCAAAUCCUUUCUAUUCUCCCCAAGACAAUGUUGUUUUUGGGCCGAGCCGGGCAUCCUAUGAGUAUGGAUCUAAUGUGUUUCAUCAAGACAAGGAUGGGGGUCUUGCCAGUUGCAGACAAACAAGCAGAGGGCUGAAUGCACAAAGCCACAGUGCUCAGGAGUACAGCUUGGAUCACGCCAGAGGAGGAUCGCAGGAGCAGAAAGCUAACGUCCAGAUUUACCCGUGGAUGCAGCGAAUGAACUCUCACAGCGGAGUUGGAUUUGGGUCCGACAGACGCAGAGGACGCCAGAUAUACUCCCGUUACCAAACACUGGAACUGGAGAAGGAGUUCCAUUUCAACCGCUAUCUAACCAGACGUAGACGUAUCGAAAUAGCAAACGCUCUCUGUUUGACAGAACGUCAGAUCAAAAUUUGGUUCCAGAACCGUCGUAUGAAAUGGAAGAAAGAGAGCAUUCUAACGUCUACGGUGACAGGGAGUGAAUCAACAGGGACCUCCGUGGAGGAAGGAGACGGCGUGGAGAAGGAAGAGGGAAAAAAAAAAUAAUAAUUUAAAGAAAGACAUUUAAAACGAAAUCAUGAAACUCUAACUAAACUACCUAGCCAUUCAAGGACCAGAAACUCGAACGCAUGAUAUUAUUCUGCUAUUUGCCCACCCCCAUCUAUGUAUCGGUUUGGAUCACUUCAACCAAUUCACAUCGGUCAUUCAUAGGCAUGGUUUACAAACACAAUAUGCAUAAGCAUUCCAAAUGUGAAGGAAAUGCGAAGGCACACUUAUUUUGUUUUUGUUAAUAUAGGUAUUUGACGUUUUACUUUCCCAUAAAUCCCGUCGUAAUUUUGUGAUGUGCAAUAUGCAUCUUGCAAAUAUCCUGAAAGCUCUCAUGGGGUGAACAACACUACCUAAAUUGUAGAUAUGCCUGUAUAUAUUCUAUGUACGCUUAUGUAUACCCUGUGUAGCUCAAAUGGACGUUCUCUUAAAGUGGCACUUACCACUGUUUAGCCUAAUAACCGUUUUGGGUUACCCAAGACUACCUAAUAAAGAGGACAAAUAAUACACGAGCAAUCAAUCACGUUGU